UCCGGCACUGCCGAGUCGACCAUGUGGAGCAGCAAGAUGGCGGCGCAGUGGAGGCCCGUCGACGUGGCUUUAAAAGCCGGCAACGUGGACUUUCUGAGCACCAGAAGCCCAUGCCAGAUUGGACCAUUUGGAGGCAACAUGGGUGGUGCGGAUAUUGACACACAGUCUUGUAUGGAACACUCCAUCAUGGCCAUUUUUGAGGACUCCACUGUUUCAUCAGAGGACACAAGGCAAGCCGAGGAAGAGAGCGAGACCUUGCUGUCGGCCCUGACUCAGAUGUUAGAGUGUGUGGAGGAUGAUGUCGGUUGCACUCUUUCUCCCUUUGAUACCUUGCCAAACACCAAGCUCCUCAACUGUCAGGAAUUCGACAACAGCAUUUCUACUGACAAAAUAACCUUUUCCGCAAAACUUAGACCAAGAGCCAAGACUGAUGACGGAAAGCAAGACGAGAGCAAAGUAGCCAGACUCCAGCCGGCCUUCCGACAACAAAGUCAGACUUUCUUUCAAGGCCCAAAAAAGAAGAACGAUACAGAAGUAAACGUCUUCACUUCGUCAUCUCUGGUCAACCUGGUGAAACUCAUGCACCCGUAUUGCCUUAAGAUGCAUGUGGAGGAAGAGAGGAGGGACCAUCAAAGCGGAGCUGGACCGUCACAAUCGGUGAAGAAACACACAAUGCUCUCCCAGGGAGAAGUCUGGAAGUAUGAAAAGCCAACUGGAGACAGUGAUGAAGAUAUCAAUGUUGUAUCUGAUGAUGAGGAGGAGGAGGAUACAACCUUAAAAGAAAUAGAGGAGAAUAAUGGAGGGAUUGCAAAAGAUGAUAGUGGCAUACUGCUAAAAAGCACAUUGCUCACUGGCAAUUCAUCCAGAGAUCUGUUACCCAAGGCAAAGAAAAGGGUCCGUUUUGGCCCCGUUCAAGUGAUUUCAUUUGAUCAAUCUGUGGAUGCUGAUAUCAGCGAGGAAACUCUUUCCAGCGUAGCCUCUGCAACUGAAGGUCCAGCUGGCCCAAUGCUUGUAACCGCAACAACAGCAUCGGUAUCAUUAGAUGAUAAUGACAAGGCUGAGGAUCCACCGUCAAAAAGAAAGGUCAAAGCUAAAUCGCUAAGCCUCCAAGAGUACAGACUGCUGCGACAGAAAAGGCAGCCUCUGACGGAGAAAAUGCGGAGUAACACAACCAAGUGGCCUUUGGUGCCCCAACCCCCCAAAGAACUGAUCCCCAUUGUCUGUUCACAUGGGCAGAGACAAAACCUCUGUGAGACAAAGUCUUCACCCCAUCACAUAGAAAAGUCUACAAUUGCUAUGUGUCCACCCCAAAGAACUACUUGCAAGACAGCACGUCGUCAUCGUCGCAAACCAGUCGAGAAGAAGCCAUUGUUUGCUGCUAGGCAUCACGGAUUGAAAUGUCUUCAAAGUAAAUCCAAACACACCUCACUUGAUGGACUCAAGUCCAAAGAUGAGCACACUGUUAAAGAAGCUGCAAGCCAGAAAAGUCCAUUAAAGAACCCAAUGACAUUCAGCACUGAUCCCCCAAACCCUGUCAUCAUUCGCUUGCCUGUUAGCCAGAUGCCCACCCUAUCAAAUUGUCACCCUUCAGCUGUGUUCGCAGCAUCACAAAUAGCACCGUCCGCUGUGGAACCUCAUCCAAGUCGGGAAGUGGAGGACCAAGUCCUGACGACUCCUCAAACAAAACCCAGUUCAGAAUGCAGGAAACCACAAAACCUCAUGCUAACACUAGUAACGUGUCCCACAAGACGUUCCCUCACUGAGCGACCAUCACCAUCAAGUGCUGCAGCUGAGUCAGGGAUUGAAGCCUGUGAUCUUACCAGCUUGUUGGAGCAGUUUGAGGAGAAACAAGCUGAGGAAAGCAAUCCAGCGAACCUUUCAAAUGCUUUCCCCUCAAGUCUGCACGAAGACACAGAAAGGACCACUGCACUAAUACAGACCUCCGCAAAGGAACCUCUCAAAACUUUGCACUCAGUGAGACCAAAAAGCACCAUCGAUUAUCUGGAGGACCCAAAAAAAUUGGAAUACGUCACUGCUGAGCCUCUCGGCACUGAAGUCAUUGUCGACACUCAAGGGAUUGUCAGUACUAUGAGACGGAAAGCCCCACCAUCCAAGGGCAUUCAGAUCAUUGAUCCUCGCCCUCUGCCGUCCAGGAAGACAAAUGCUUCAGAGCUCGCCGCACCUCCUUACAUAUGUUCAUCGGUGUCCGCAGAUCACGAUUACUGUGUGCCUGUGGAUUAUUCAAAGGCGCCUCCUUCUCUUAAGAAUACUCGUGAAGUGGAGGAGACCGCCUCUUCUGUUAAAUGCAAGCAAGCCUCCAUCAGGAAAUGUGACUCUCCUAUCAGAGCUGAUGAGAAAUACCAAUUAGCCUCGUCUUCAUGCACCAUUUCAGCCCCCUCAUGCACCCCGCUAACACCUCCGCCCAGCCCUCCGAGCAGAGGACGAGAGAAGAGCAGAUACUCGAGAAGAUCCCGUCUCUCGGAAAGCUUUCGUUCGUCUUCGUCAUCUUCCAGCUCUGCAUCCCGUUCCCCCAAAAGACGAAGGUCCCACCACAAGCGUUCUGGAAGCAGGUCUUGGUCUUCGUCCCCUUCCCACUCCGUCUCUCGUUCCCCACCCCGGCAACGCAAACAGUCUCGCAUGCUUUCAAGGUGUAACAGAUCGAGAUCGCGAUCCUGGUCUCGCUCCCGUUCCCCGUCCCCUUCGUCACCAACUUUUCCUUCGCGCAGGAGCAGCGUUUACCGAGAGUCCUGGAAGGUCAAGAUGGAGCACCAGGCAAGACUUCAGAAGCUGAAAGCCAUAGAUGAGCGCAGAGUUGUGUACGUGGGCCGCAUCCGCAGGUCAAUGACGCACGAUGAACUGAGAGAGCGCUUUUCUCAUUUCGGAGAAGUAGAAUGCGUGUCACUGCACUUUAGAGAAAAAGGUGACCAUUACGGCUUUGUCACGUUCUACCACAUGGACGAUGCAUUUGCAGCCAUCGACAAUGGCGGAAAACUAAGAAGGGCUGACGAGCUGCCCUUUGACAUCUGCUUUGGGGGAAGAAGGCAGUUUUGUAAUUCAGACUAUGCCGAUCUAGAUGCAAAAGUGGAUGCAGAGCCGUCUCCAGCCAAGAGCAGGUUUCAGGAGCUUGACUUUGAUUCGUUACUGAAACAAGCCCAAAGAGGACUGAGGUAGCAGUGAGGAGGGCAGGCGAGAAGAGAGAAAGCCACCAACCUUUGAGCUUUUUGCUCACAUUUAUGUAGCAAACUUGGGUGUGUUUAAUCCCCUGUGACACCCCCCACCCUUGAGUUCAUGACAAGGGGAGGCACUGAUAUUAGAGUCAGGUUUACAAAAUAAGCCAAAUGGAGUAGUGCAUUUGCCAUUUAAUUGACAGCCACUUAUGAAAAGAAAUGUAAGCCUCAAUUUUACGCGCUUUGAUUCUACGCGACUUUCUGUCUAAUGCGGUUUGGUCAUGGACCCCAGUUUUUUAUAAUGUCAUAUUUUAAAUAGACAAUAUGGUUGAAAUUGUGGUGCGAAAAGACAAGAGGCAGUUUCUGCUUUUGACUACGCAACGGCAUCCAUCCAUCCAUUUUCUAUACCGCUUGUAGGCGGGGGACACCCUGAACUGGUCGCCAGCCAAACGCAGGGCACCCAGAGACGAACAACCAUUUGCACUCACACCUCGGGACAAUUUGGAGUGCUCAAUUGGCCUACCAAGCAUGUUUUUGGGAUGUGGGAGGAAACCCACACAGGCAUGGGGAGAACAUGCACACUGGGAGGGCCGGAGGUGGAAUCGAACCCGCAUCCUCCUUCCUAACUGAGCCACUGCAGUGUGCUUUCAAUUUAGGUUAUUGCAUUCUAUCAUUUCACCCCUAGAUGGCACUGAAAAAUAAAAAAUAUCUACAACUGUUCCUUUAAUUUAGGUAAAAAUUAAAAUAAAUAUUGCUCACAUACGGGAGAGGUAAAAUGGCAAAGAAUUCCAUGCAAUUCUUUUUUGGUUUUGUUUUUCAAUCUUCAUGCAUGUGAGCCUCUGUAAGCACUUGUACUUGUCACAUUUAUCACAGCAUUUUUUGAAUGGAGCCAUUUUGAUAUAUUUCUUGCAUUCCAUAACAGAAAAUGUUCAUAUAUAAAAAUGAAUAAAAGUUUUGUUAACCUCAA